AGGCUUACCAGAAGUUGUUGAGCAGCAAAGAGGGCGAAAGCUUUGCCGAUGCGGAGGACACCCAAUUCGCCAAGACUCCAGCGGCCAACUGGCGAAAGGAGCCACAGUCCGCCGAGUCUCUGCGCGAAGACGAGUUCGAGGGCCGUCCAUCGAUCGCCCUGGUGAAAGACUACAUCCGCAUUGGUCGCUAUCGACAUCUCUUCACUGCCAUGGUUCUUCUAAUGGUCAUGAUCUACCUCUUCCUGCUCUGUGACCUCGUCAUAGCACAUUGGUCCAACGAGCUGUCCAUCAAUCCGCAGGCUUCAGCCCGGCCCUAUCUUUCUGCAUAUUUGUUCUGGCUGGGCAUGUCCUUGAGUUUCUGGGUGAUGGGCUGGCGCCAAGGGCAGGCAUUCACCAUGCGCUUGUCGGCUGCCAUCCACGACCGGGUGAUUCACAAGUUGUUGCGAGCACCUGUUGAUCGCUUCUUUGA